AUGAAAGGCGGCGACAUUGAGGCGGGCGGCGACGUCGAGGCGGGCACCGCGGCACCGAAGGGGGCGCCGUACCCCGGGACGACAGAGAGCCCGGAGUUGCGCUGGGCGCUCAUCCGGAAGGUUUACGUCGUCCUCUGCCUGCAGCUUCUCCUCACCGCCGUCGUCGCGGUCGUCUUCGUCAAGGUCCGCAGCAUCCCGCAUUUCUUCGCCUCCUCCUACGUCGGCCUCGGGCUGUACAUCUUCAUCCUCAUCUUCCCCUUCAUCGUGAUGUGCCCAUUGCACUUCUACCGCCAGAAGCACCCGGUCAACCUGCUGCUGCUUGGCGUCUUCACAGUGGCCAUCAGCUUCUCUGUGGGCUUGACAUGUGCCUUCACUAGUGGCAAGGUCAUUUUGGAGGCUGGGAUUCUUACAAUCGUGGUUGUCUUGAGCCUCACUGCUUACACCUUCUGGGCUGCAAGGAGGGGCAAGGACUUUAGCUUCCUUGGUCCUUUCCUAUUUGCUUGUCUGAUGAUUUUGCUCGUCUUUGGGUUCAUUCAGAUCUUCUUCCCGCUGGGCAAGCUCUCUCACAUGAUCUAUGGCGCGCUGGCGGCACUCAUCUUCAGUGGCUACAUUGUCUAUGACACGGGCAACAUCAUCAAGCGUUACAAGUAUGACGAGUAUGUCUGGGCCGCCGUCACGCUCUACCUUGACAUCAUCAAUCUGUUCCUGGGCCUGAUGACCCUGUUUAGGGCGGGUGACAGCUAG